CCUCCGUAGGCGUGAAGAUGGCGGCGGCCGCCUUGGCUGCACGGGCAGCUGCAGGAAUCAUUCGACCGCUCAAUGGUUUGGUUUCAUCAACCUUCCAGAACUACUCCAACACUUUGCGUCUGGUUUCCACGCUGUCGGGACGACAUUUCAGCUAUAUUCAAGCACCACUUAUAUCUCCUGCUGCCAGACUAGUUCCACCUGUUAAAAAUUUGAGAUAUGGGCCUCCUUCAACAAUUCUUAAUAGUGUAAACCCUUUGCUGCCAACUCUCCUACGACCACCAGUCAGAACCUUAACAUACUGUAGCCUGAGAAAAGGAAAACGGAAAUCGGUAAAAGCUGUCCUCUUUAGGUUUCUCCGCCUCCACUGUGGUCUUUGGGUGAGGAAAAAGGCUGGUUAUAAGAAGAAGCUAUGGAAGAAGAAGCCUGCACGGAGAAAACGCCUGAGAGAACAGGUUUUCUGUAACAAAACACAGAGCAAACUGCUUGACAAAAUGACAACGUCUUUCUGGAAGAGGCGGAACUGGUACAUCGAUGAUCCCUUUCAGAAAUACCAUGAUCGUACAAACCUCAGAGUGUAGACCUGACUAGAAUAAUUAUGCAGGCCUAUCUGGACUCUCCUGUUGUGAGUAGAUCUUUAUAUCACCAUGCAAAGGUGAAGAAGGCAAAUGGUUUAAAUAGCAAUAGUACAAAACACCAGAAUAAAUAAUACCUAUUAA